UUUCUUUUAGUUAGACAAAACUAUUUUUAAUUGAGUAUGGCAUUACAUUGAUGAACUUGGGCAUUUUCUUUAAUUAUUUGAUUUUGGGGCUAGGUUCAGCUACUUUUUUGUUUUUGUAAUUGGGUUUAGGAAUUUUUAUGAGUACAUCACUUUUGAGUACUUGUUUAUUGGUUGAAUUUUGGAUGAUUUAUUUUAUGGACAAUUCUCUGAUUUUCAUUUGUUCUUUUUUUAGUAUAAACAUGUGGAUGAAUGGAUUGAACCCCGACCUUUAGAGAAUGAGCGAGAUGUCUUAACCUCAUGUUGACUAUAAUUCUCUAGUUUAUCGUUAGAGAUAUACUAAUUUUAAUACUUAUUCGAGCUUAUUUAAUAAAACAUGUCCGUUUAAGAUUGAAAUUGACUUGCUGAAUACUAAAAAUACUUUUUUUUUAAUCCUAUUGUAUUUUGUUUCUACAUAUUUUUUCCUAAUAAUGGAUGAUGAAUGUUAGGGCAGAGAUAAAUAUAAGGCCAUGGGAGAAUUUGUUGAAGGAAUUGAAAGAAGGGAAUGAGAGAAGCAAAUGGAUGGAAAGGGAACCCUUUGCUUAUUGGAAAGGGAACCCUUAUGUGGCAGACACCAGACAAGACCUUCUCAAAUGCAAUCUCUCCCAUCAAAAUGACUGGAAUGCCCGCCUCUAUAUUCAGGACUGGAUACGUGAGUCUAAACAAGGUUAUAAGCAAUCGGACCUGGCAAGUCAAUGCACUCAUAGGUACAAGAUCUACAUAGAAGGAUAUGCAUGGUCAGUGAGUGAAAAAUACAUAUUGGCAUGUGAUUCAAUGACAUUGCUUGUGAAGCCCAAUUUCUAUGAUUUCUUCACCAGAUCUUUACAGCCAGUUCACCAUUAUUGGCCUAUUAGAGAUGACCAAAAGUGCACAUCCAUCAAAUUUGCUGUCCAUUGGGGCAACUCCCACAAACAAAAGGCACAAACAAUAGGAAAAGCAGCAAGUGAUUUCAUUCAACAAGAGUUGAAGAUGGACAAUGUAUACGACUACAUGUUUCAUCUCUUGAACCAAUACGCCAAGCUUCUCCGAUUCCAACCCGAAGUCCCAAAAGACGCAGUGGAAGUUUGCUCCGAGACAAUGGCUUGUCCGAGAGAUGGGUUGGAGAAGAAGUUCAUGAGGGAAUCCAUGGUGAAAGCUCCCUCUCCCACCAGCCCCUGCGCCAUGCCACCACCCUUUGCCACCACUUCUCUCCAAAGGCUUUACAGAAGAAAUGCCAAUCUAAUUAGGCAAGUGGAGAAGUGGGAAGAUGAAUUUUGGGAGAACCACAGUACCAAGAAACCUUGAGACACUUUUUUUUUUUCUCAAUUUUGAAAAUUUUAAAUAAAAGUUAGAAAAAGUUAUUACAA